GUUCGCCGCGGACGAUGGCAGACAAAAGAAAAUUGCAAAGUGAUAUUGAACGAACGCUUAAAAGAGUUCAAGAGGGCCGAACAGCAUUUCAAGAAAUUCUAGACAAGUUUGAAGGAUCUGUGAAUCAGACGCAAAAAGAAAAGUUUGAAGGCGAUCUAAAAAAGGAAAUCAAGAAACUUCAGCGGUUACGUGAUCAGAUAAAAACAUGGCUUACAGCCAACGAGGUCAAGGACAAGCGGCCCCUACAGGAUGCCCGGAAAGAGAUAGAGCAAGAUAUGGAGAGGUUCAAAGUGAUAGAAAAGGAAACAAAGACAAAAGCCUACUCCAAGGAAGGUCUGUUGUCUACGGAUGCAAAAAAAGAUCCCUUACAGAAGGAAAAGGAGGAACUAGAUGAUUGGCUGAAGCAAUGUAUAUCCUCAUUAAACACACAGACCGAAAAGUAUGAGUUUGAAAUAGAGAGCCUCACCAAUAGCAACAAAAAGAAGAGAAUUGAUAAAGAUACAGCUGUAGCGAUUGAAGAGAAAAGACAGAGGUUGGACAACUGUUGUUUUCAUGUCGAGAAACUGGAAACAAUAAUGCGACUUCUAGACAAUGAAAGAUUAGAUUGUGCCUUGCUGCGAUCAAUCAAGGAUCCAAUUGAAUAUGUUAUUCAGUGUUGUGAUGAAGCAUCUGCGCUAGACUAUCGAAAUAUGUAUGAUGAUCUGAAAUUGGAUGAGAUUGGAGACUCUUCUGGGCUUACGGCUGGCCCGGGUAACGUUCCCGGUACAACGGAACAUGAUAUUAAUGGUGUCCCUGGCUCAACUGCUGGAGGCUGUACCCACCGUUCAGGAAACGAUGAUGCCGGCUCCUCUGCUUCAACACAUACGAGUAGUUCCAAUCACACAGAUUCUUCUGUUACUCAUCCUAGCUCUUCAACUUCCUCUAACGCAUCCUCGUCCCGAGAGCGAACCAGAAGCGAUGAGAAAGUCACUCCAUUAAACCACGUUUCCGUUUCCUCAACGAGCACUCCACUAAAGCCCGCGCCAGCGUCUAGCACCACUCCUGGUGGUGGGUCCUCAAAACAGAAGUUAUCCCAUUUAGCCAAUCAAACGGCCCCGCCCGCCUUGCUAUCGCAAGUAGUUGCGGGUACCCCCAACAAAGCUAAUCGAUCUUUUACUGGUCAUACCUCAAAUGGCGUCUCACAUAAUUCAUCAUCAGGUGCUGAAAGUUUGACUCCAAAGUCUCGAACAAUCACAGCGGAUUCUCAGCCUGACUCCUCAAACCGAACUCCAAAAGGCGAUGGCAGCCUAAAACAGACGGACAAACAGGGGAUGCUCGCAUCCUCAGCUAGCUACGGUGAGACUCAGUACCCACAACUGAAAACGUCCUGUAUUUCCGAGCCUUCUGAUUCUGGGCUAUCCUCUUUACCACAAGGUCCAGCCAAUUCCUCCUUUUCGGCUCCCACCACCUCCACAUCUGCAAGUAUAGGAGGCAAAAUCGGGUUUGCAGCUGCUGUUGCUGGCUCGGGUUUGACAACUCUACCCGUUACCUGCACAUCCUCUCCAUCUAGUGGUGGGAUUUCGGCGGUUUCACAAUCCUCUUCCCUACCUGCUACUUCUACUUUGGAUCCUUACAGUGCCUCAAUGACGUCAAACUUCCCUGCCUCUCAGUUGGCAGUCACCAUGCCAUCAGGUCUUGGUAUGGGAGUGUCACAAGAUAGGCAAUUAGCAGGGCUAUUGACAGGUCAGCAGAGCUCGGCAAAUGGACUUCCGGACGGACGGAUAACUCCCUGCCUCACUUUGGAUGGAGCGUUGGCAUCAUCCCUUAGUAAUAAGCUUCACUCUGUGGCAGCAGCUACUGGUCAGGUCUUAUCGCUUACCGGUGUCAUUUCCCCGGGUUCCUCGCAAGGACAGCAUCCUCAUGUACCUUUGGACAAACAGUUAUCCGGACUGCAGACGUCCUUGCACACACAACCCCAGCGAGUACCUCCUUGCGUGCAAAUGCAUCCACGUGAUGCGGCAGCACCCUUUCGCAAUCGUAACUUGGACAAGUCCAAAGGUCCCCCGCCACCAGAGCUAAUGCUACAACUCCACGCUUUGGAGAGUGGAUACCGUCGUUUACCCCAUCCGUGUGACACUGAAAAAUCACGGAUGCUUAAAGGCCGUAAUACCCCGAGCUAUUACCCACGUGAACCCCCUCCUGGCACCGACACUGAAGACUACUACAUGAAAUUGGACGCCCAAACACUGUUCUUCAUAUUUUACCACUUCGAGGGCACCAAAGCGCAAUAUUUCGCUGCUAAGGCGCUCAAACGCAUGUCUUGGCGAUUCCACACAAAAUUCAUGAUGUGGUUCCAGCGACACGAAGAGCCGAAACAAAUCACAGACGAGUACGAAUCCGGUUCGUACAUUUACUACGAUUUCAAAACGAUGAGUCAGCGGAAAAAGGAAGAAUUCAUGUUCCAUUACAGUUUCUUGGAGGAUAAGGACUUUUAA